CUUUCACCCUGGCAACCGCGGCGCGACGGCUGCGCGCGGGCUGGGCGCGGACGGGUGCGGCCGGGCGGCGCCGGUGCAGGCUGAGGCGGCGGCGCUGAGUAGCGGUCUUAGAGCGUCUCUCCGCCCUCCGCUUCCUCACACGGUUCCUCGUCGCGAGUUCGGGCCCAGCGGGCUUAGCCCCUCGCUAUGGACUCCCAGAAAGAAGCUCUACAGAGGAUCAUUUCAACUCUGGCAAGUAAAAAUGAUGAAAUUCAGAACUUUAUUGAUACACUGAAUCAUACACUAAAAGGAGUUCAGGAAAAUUCUUCUAACAUACUGUCAGAGUUAGAUGAAGAAUUUGAUAGUUUAUACUCUAUAUUGGAUGAGGUAAAAGAAAGUAUGAUUAACAGUAUCAAGCAGGAACAAGCUCAUAAAUCACAAGAGUUACAGAGUCAGAUUAGUCAAUGUAACAAUGCCCUGGAGAACUCUGAAGAACUACUAGAAUUUGCGACAAGGUCAUUGGAUAUAAAGGAACCUGAAGAAUUUUCAAAGGCUGCCAGACAGAUCAAGGAUAGAGUCACAAUGGCUUCAGCCUUUCGCCUUUCUUUGAAACCAAAGGUCAGUGACAACAUGACUCACUUAAUGGUGGAUUUCUCUCAGGAAAGACAGAUGCUGCAAACUUUGAAGUUUUUGCCAGUCCCCAAAGCUCCAGAGAUAGAUCCAGUAGAGUGUUUGGUGGCUGACAACUGUGUAACAGUAGCUUGGAGAAUGCCAGAAGAGGAUAAUAAAAUUGACCACUUUGUACUGGAAUAUAGGAAGACCAACUUUGAUGGACUUCCACGUGUAAAGGAUGAGCGAUGCUGGGAGAUAGCUGAUAACAUUAAGGGUACUGAAUAUACACUAUCAGGCUUAAAAUUUGAUUCAAAGUAUAUGAAUUUCAGAGUGCGAGCUUGUAACAAGGCUGUGGCUGGAGAGUAUUCUGAUCCAGUUACUCUAGAGACCAAAGCACUUAACUUCAGUUUGGAUAACUCAUCAUCCCAUUUGAACCUGAAAGUUGAAGAUACCUGUGUAGAGUGGGAUCCUACUGGAGGAAAAGGUCAAGAAAAAAUUAAAGGAAAAGAGAACAAGGGCAGUGUCCAUGUUACUUCACUGAAGAAACAUACAAGAAGUGGUACACCGUCCCCCAAGCGGACAUCUGUAGGCUCCAGGCCACCAGCAGUAAGAGGCAGCAGAGAUCGUUUUACUGGGGAAUCAUACACAGUGCUGGGAGACACUGCUAUUGAAAGUGGACAACAUUAUUGGGAGGUCAAGGCCCAGAAGGAUUGUAAAUCCUACAGCGUGGGAGUAGCAUACAAAACUUUGGGGAAAUUUGACCAAUUGGGAAAGACAAACACUAGUUGGUGUGUCCAUGUCAACAACUGGCUACAAAACACAUUUGCAGCAAAGCAUAAUAAUAAAGUCAAAGCUUUGGAUGUUAGUGUUCCUGAGAAAAUAGGUGUAUUUUGUGAUUUUGAUGGGGGUCAGCUUUCUUUCUAUGAUGCAAACUCAAAACAGUUGCUGUAUUCCUUUAAGACAAAAUUUACUCAGCCAGUACUACCUGGUUUCAUGGUUUGGUGUGGUGGACUUUCUCUGAGUACUGGGAUGCAGGUUCCAAGUGCUGUGAGAACACUUCAGAAAAGUGAAAAUGGAAUGACUGGUUCAGCAAGCAGCCUGAACAAUGUUACUCAGUAAUGUCUGAAUAUGUUUACCCUCCCUCUUGCUUGGGUGGCCUUUUCUGUGCAGUUACUAAUCACAGAAAUUUGUGAGUGGUGACAGUCAGGUUUGCUAUGUUCUGCUUUGAAGCCUGGAAUCUGUUAGCAUUAAGCAUCUAGUAUGAAGCAUUUGCAGGAACCUACUGUGCAAUAUCAUAGAAGUAAGGAGAUUUCGAUCAAGAAACUGAUGUUUUGAAGAGUAAAUGAGGAAAAAGACAGUGUUUAAAUAUUUACAUAGAAAAUCAUCUUUGUGUUUUUGGAUUACUUUGGCUCUUCUAAUAUGUUUAAUCACAUAUGGUGGUAACCCUAGGGCCUGGGAUGAAAAGCUUUUAAAAUUUGCCUUCUUUCCUCUAUAUUUUUUUCUUUUCUGUCUUAUCACUACCUAUUCUUUAGUUCUUACACUGAAGCUUUAAAAAUACAAACACUAUAAGGUUUUCUAAAAAUUGGAAUCAUUGGUUGGGGAUGAUAGAAAGGUUUUCUUACAAUGGCAUAUUUUUCCCCUUUUAUAAAUGAAUUUUACAAAAUUACCCUCUUGUUUAUUUACUAGAUCAUAUAUCAUUUUCUCUUUUCCAAAAUAUUGUGAGAUUUCUGUUGUGGUUGUAAUUCAAAACAGAAAGUGGAUAGGAAGAACUUGUAGACAUAACAGCUUAAAAAUAAAAUUUCAGUUUUUUACCUGCAGUACUGACACAGUAGCAAAGGGGCAUUCUUUUUAUGUUGCCCUACUUAGACUUCUUUCCAUUCCAUCACUUUGGAUGAUGGGUAGGAUUUUUAAAAGCUUUAUUUUCUUAUUUUGUUGUCUGGUUUAAUCCCAUCUUUAAUAGUUAUCUUUGGUGAAAUUCUCACUCAGAUUUGGCACUGAUAAUAAUUAUGCCGAUUUUUAACAUCUCUAGUAGGAAUGAAAGCUUAUAAAAGUUAUGUACAGGGUAGGAAAACCUACACUACUCAACUUUUAUCUAAGAAGGAUUGGUUAUAUAGGGAGAUGUCUAAAAGUAUUCUUUACUGAAGUAAUUUAUAUCUUCUUUUUAACAUAAUAAGAUAUGGAAUGAUUUAAACAGUUGUUUUGGAAAAAAAUCUACUUUAUCUGACUUCAUUGACAUAUGACUUUUUCAAAAACCAUUCAGAGGUUAGUUUUCUCUCAUUGCUUUUGCUACAUUCAUUUGCUUUCUAAAGGAGUGUAAUUCUUCCAAAAAUUGACACAGACAUAUUUCUCAAACUUGGGGAAAAUAUAUUAAACAAUAAGUAAAACCCAUGGUUACUGAACAGAACAUAACUAUUCUUAAAAGGUUGAUUAAAAUUUGUAAUUCAAGUCCUUUGAGCCAAACUAAAAGCUGCAAUUACAGUAUCUAAGAAUUCCUUGGGGAUUUUUAUGAGGUCUGCAUUUGUAUUUUUCUUAAUUUUUGAAACUUUUAAUUUCUCUUGUUGACUUUCUUUCAUUCUCAUUUAAAAUAUCUUAUGCUAUGACAGCCUUCUCCCAAGAAGUAGUCACUUCUACUUACAUUUGAGUUGCUUUCUACAUAAAGGCCUGUGUAAUAACUCAUUCUCUCUUAAAAUUUACUCCUGAUCGGAUUUUUUUUCAUUGAUAAAACAAAUCUAAAUAAGGAUUUAUUUGAACUGGAGUAAUAUUUUUCCAGAGGACAUUCAUCUCUGCACACAUAUUGGUAAUUUUAAAGAUUAUAAGGCAGCUUACAAAAUGAAGUAUAUUAAUAGACAUUCUUUUGAUUCUCCAAACAAAUAUAAUUUUGGUUUUUUUCCUUAUAAGGAUUUUGAAAGAAAUCUUUGGAUGUUCUAAGGAAAGAGAAAUUUAUAAUUCCCUCUCAUAGGCUCAAACCUGAAAGCAGUAAUUUAGCGGUCGAGUUGCUUUAUGUGAAUUUUAGUAUAUUUUAGCAGAAACGACACAGAAAAGGCCAGAUGUUCUUGUAGAAAAUUUUUUACUAUUAUGUCUUAUAAUUGUGUCUUCUCAUUAAUUCAGUGCCUUUUUCCUCCAAACAUACUCUUGCUCCAUGCCCCAUGCAGUGUCAACUGAUAUUAAGCCAGAGAGCAUUAUGUUAUAGUGGUAAGGGCCUUCCUUUACAGGGGCAUGGGGAAAUGGAUAUUUAAUCAGGGGCUGGAGGAGUGCAUAUGACUCUUGUGCUACUGUCAUCAUUUGAAACUCUUCAUAAAAAAAUUUUCUAGUAUUCAUUUGGAAAAGGUAUUAAUUUCACUGAGGAGGUUUGAUUUCUGAGAGGUUUUGUAGUAAUAAAUAUAAAUCCAGUAAAUCCAGAGCCCCAAGUUCUCAUCACAUGUUGAUACUUGAUUAUUAAAUUAUACUACUAUGACUUCAGAAUAAGAAUUUGAGGAUUUCCUCUUACUGUGCUUCUUCUUAAAGGUCUUUAAAAUUAAAGAACAAAAUGUGUGGUUUUUUAGUUUGUUAUACAUGUUUUUAGUUUAUUUGUUAAGUUAAACUAGAGAAUGUUUGUCACCCUCAUUUUCAAACUAAAAAAUAAUCAAAUAUAGUGCCUAUUUAAAUAGUCUCAAAAUACGGUAAUUAUUAACUUGACCAUAAUAUAUAACAUUCUCAUUGACAUUUGAAUUUAAAAAUAUUGAGCUCUUUUGCUCAUUUAAUACAUUGUGGAAAGUUGGUAAACCCUUUCAAACAUUCUUUCUUGCUUUAUUUACUUUUUGUUUUGAGUGGUCAAACAUGAUUGCUUUCUAUAAAGGAAAUGCAUGAGAGGUUGACUGUAGUGGAUGUGUCACAGGUGUAAAAAAAUUAUGUUUUAUAAGAACAUGUAUUUAGUAUGGCGUUUCUCUUUUAGCAGUUGAAUUGUAAACCCGUUUUAUUAAACUGGGUAAAGAAAUGAAGGAGCUGCCUUAAGCACUUUAGAAAAAAUUUUUUUACAAUUUAUUUUGACUAUUUUGGCUGACCACAUUAUGUCUUUAACUUUUGGUAAAUAUGUACAUAACAAACACUUAAUAACUAAUGCACAUAGAAAUUUAAUAUACCACGAUUCUUUUAAUGUUCCAGGUAUAGGUAAAGUAUUAGGGACAUGGCUAUCUGUACAAAGGUUUAAUUGAUGGUAUUUCUACCAUUUUGACAAAUUGUGAAAUGCUGCUGUACAACUAGACUUGGCCUACUUACUCUGUUCUGCAAACAGUAAUUUUCCCCCAUGUUAUGAAAAGAGCUAUAUUGGUUUGCUUUUAUUUACUCACUUAUCAAAUUAAAGCAUGAACAAUACCAUGUAUAAUUUGAUUUUUUUUUGUGACUGAUCCUUGGUGGUAUAAAUAAUGGAAGUAAAUAUUUGUAAUAAAAUCUUUUAAUUAGGCUGAUAUUCUAUUUCAGACUUAUCUAGAAUUAGUUUCUCUCUAUAUACUUUUUCCACAGAAUUAUUUAUGUAUUUUUACUGUUUCUUUUGGAAACAAGUGGGAAAAAAUCAGAAAAGGAUAUAUAUGGAAAAUGAUUAUUUCAAAGAGUAUUAAUUUCAAAAGGUGUACCGUCUUACUAUAAAAUAUGUGAUUCUAGGCUAAAAAAUGACAGUAUUUUCAAAUAAUAGUUAUUUUUAAAAAACAUAUUUGUUAAAUCAGUAUCCACUCAUUGGCUAGUUCAUACAAUAAAUAUUUGAGUGUAUGGGAGUCAAAAUUUGAUUACUUUGUAUUCACAUUUUCAAAGCUGGUGAAGUUUGAUUUACUGUGUAUAUGUUUUGCAGCUUUUGAGUAGUGUGACAGUUUACAUCUUAAAAAUAAUGUUCUGCUAAUAAGUUUAAAAUAAACUUGUUAUAGUUUGUCAGAAGAAAUUCAAAUUAACUGCAUAUAAAAUGGUUCACUUUUAUAUAGUCACAUAAAAUGGGUCUGAAAAAGUUUCUUCCUUGAUUUUAUUUUUACACUGGAUAUAUUCUUUUAGGGGAGUUUAUGGUUAGCAUAAAUUUAUUCAGUAUCCAGGUAACCAUAAAGUCAUUUGUUAUUUUUAACCAAAAUGUACAUUUCAUAAUGCUGGCACUGGAGUAUUAUAAGAGAUCAUGAAUGUUUUCUUAAUCAUCACAGCAAGAUUACCUCAUGUUCAGUAUAGUUUUAGUUUUUUGUGUAUCUUACAGUAUUCACAUUAUACAGUUUGUGAUUCUGAUAUAUCACAUAUGAUAACUUUGUUACCUGGAAUAUUUGAUGAACCUGAAUACUUUAAGCAUUUUGAAUUAGUUGGCGUUUAAAUGGAUUACAUUUGGUAUAUGUUGUUUUCAUCGAAAAGAUACUGUUGGACAUGCCAAAUAAAUGUUAAUAUUGGCUUAUAAAUAAAUACUAGAAAUUGCCAUAGAACUUUUCUCCUCAUACUACCCAGUUAUUAAACUAAAAGAGUGUUUGUUAUUUCUGGGUCAAUAUAAGGUACUGACUUUUGAUUCAUAAUAUUUAAACUAUGUUAAGUUUAAACUGAUAUGUUUUCUUAAUGGUACCCAUUCAAUAUAAGUUGGUCCUUGGGAGUGGUCAUGUAGAGGAUUUCACAGUAUGUAGGGCAGAAGGUAGGUGAAUGUGUUUGCUUUGGCUUAGAGCUUAUUAAGUUUGGACUAAUUUUAAAAUAAGUCAAAUUGUAAGUGAUUGGUAAAAGCCAUUUUUGUUAGCAUUGGAACUUUCUGGAGAACAUAAGGGCUAUGAGAAUGAAUUUUUUUUUUUUUAACAUUUCCAGUAUAUCUAAGGCACCAAAGCACUGAGUCUAAUUUACCUGUUAAGGGAGUUGCUUUAAAUCAACUUUAUAACCAAUUCAUACUAUAAGAUAUAUAAUAGCUACAGUUGUAAUUUAUAUUAAAAGCCACUAAUCUUUAAAAUCUCUGGAUAUAAUAUAAAGAAGAUUUUGGCUUCAUUUCUUUUAAAGUAUUUAAAAUUAAUCACCUUAGCUUUACUAUAUACUUGAUUUGUGACCUCUACAUAAAUCAUCUAUCAUCUUUGGGACUCUGUUGCCUUAUUUAUAAAUUAAUUGUUACUUGUUCAGCCUACCUCACAGGGCUGUUGUGAGGAAUAAAAUGAAAUGGAGUAUGGAAAUUGCUACAACAACAGUAAAGGACUAUGUAAAUAUAAGGUGUUAUUUUUAGUUAAUGGAUUUAAAUGUAUACUUCUAGAUGAAAUUUGAUAAAGCAUGUGCUUAAAGUGGUAUCACCAGUGAUUUCAAACGUAAUUUAAAACACAAAAGCCCCAGUUAAAAUACCUUUUAAUAUUCAUUUAGUUUGUGCAUGACUUGUGGCCUUUUUAUAUUUUCUCAUCAAGCCUAUGACUUAGGCUUUCUAGAGCAGUAAAAGUUCUCCCACAGCAUUAGUGUGUCAGUGUAGAAUAGCAGCAUAAACAAACAAAUGAAUUAAGCUACAUUUCCAUCCAGGCAUUUGCACUUUCAAUUUAGGGCUGCUCAGUGCCACAUGCAAAGAGUGAAUGUGGCCUGAAUAAUUAUUCCCAAAGAACCAAAUGGUUCAGCAGUUUGUUGUCACUAGAUAAAUGAUACAAGGUGAGCCCACUGAACAUUUGACAACUUUAUUGCAUUGUCAUUUUAAAAAAUAUAAGAUGAAGCAUUUCAAAACCUUGUUAAUUAACCUGGAUAUCAUUUAGUAUCUCUCCUGACAUAUUUGUUUUGCUUUAAAUUGGAUUUAUUAAAUGGUUUACAGGUUAUCUUAAUCUACAGAUUUGGAAUGUCUAUUAUCUGGACAUGGUUUUGGUAUGCAGUUGUAAUAAUAAAAAUUUAUUCCUCAGGUUUAUCCUUUAAGUUAUGGAUGAAGACCAUUAAUGAACUACUUAUGAUGUACUCAGUGCUGCAAAAUAGUGUUUUGAUAAGCACAUUGCCUCGUUUUCCUUUGAAACAAGACAAAGCCUUUUUAAAAUGUUUUUUUAACUUUAAAAUAGAGUAUUCAAAGUGGAGUAACUUGUAUGUUGCAACGAUUGUAUGUUCUGUAUAGAAUGUCCCAUGAAGUUUUUACAAAAGCACCUGGAAUAUCUCACUAAAAAUUAAA